CGGGCACAAAACGCCACGUCAAGGGAGCUAGGGCCUACCGCACACGCGACCAGAACCUCGCCAGAGAACUGACGGCAUGGCUGGAAGCAGGCCCGCAAUUUACCACUGCAGACCCCCGUCUCACGGAUGACAUGGGACGGAAGUCCCACAA